AUAUAUGCAGCCAGCACGACGGCUUUCAUUACCCCUUAUUUUCUAAAACCGGUCUCUAAUCCUAAUUAUUACUCGGGGCUAGUAUCCAGUAUUUAAUGGUGCGGGUAUGGACAUUUACCCUUCUUUUAGCGAUUAAAGUAGCCUGCAUCGAGGCUUGCAGUUGCUCUAACGAACAGAAACUUACCUUCCUGCACGAACUCAACGCAGAGCAGAGACAUAUCGGCGGUUUACUAGCAAGGGUCCAGAAUAGCUUCCAAAGAUAUCUCAACUACAAAGAUCUAGCUGAACAUCUACUGACAAUAGCUGCUCCAGAUCUAGAGGAACUGUUAACAGAGGGCUCCAGGUUCGCUGAGACCAUACUAGACAACCAGUCCGCUGCUGCUCAGGUGUUCAACUUGCACGUGACCCUGCCAGAGAGGGUGAGACUGGUGGUCCAUGCGGGUCAGACCCUUCAUAAACUUAGAGCGCUGGAACGGGCUAUGUGCGGGGCUGGCACUAGGCCAGUUUCUCAGCUGAACAAUGUAGAGGAUAUCAUGUCUAGCUUUAUUAAGUACAAAAUACAUCUUACAAGUCUGCUUAUGAUCUACAACUGUAACUGAAGUAGUUUGGAUCGUAGGAUACCCAUUUUUUGGGAUUGUCGUUUUUAAUCUAUUAAUUUUGGACAUGUGUUUGAUUUUUGGCAAUAAUUGCUCAGUUGUUGGU